AUGGCUGCCUCAAAAAAUAUUUUUCUUAUUCCCUUCUUAUUUUUAAAUUUAUUUUUAUUAUUUCAAUUAAAUAAUUGCCUCUGUCUUUUCAAAGGAGGAAAAGAUAAGCCUUGUGGAAGCAAUAAUGGUUGCUGUCCUGGAUUGUAUUGUCGGUUUCCGAAACAUGAUAGUGGUGGCAAAUGUGAAAAUGGCAACUGUUUAGAGAAGAAUAAUUACCGAUGUGACAAUCAAAAAAAUAAAUGCUGUAAAGGACUAAGUUGUAAAACUGAUAAGGACGACUAUUCCAUUUGUCGACCUUACAAUUGUGUUAAUAAUGGUGGGGCUUGCGGUAUAGAUGCUACAAAGAAUAAACAAUGCUGUUAUGGAUUUCAUUAUCAAGACAAUAAAUGUGUAAAGUGCAGCUCUAUAGUUAACCAUAUCUGUUAUUAUUAA